GCGCAGUUUACGGUGGACGCCGAAGUGGGUUGUGUGGAGUCACAGUGAGCUUUGAACACCUUGACGUCUAAACUGCUCCUCUAAACUCCAGCCUCGUGUUUCCACGUGGCUGCUCAGCAUCUCUCCUGGGGCCUCUAGAAGGUAUCUUCACCUGAAAAUGUACAAAAAUGAUCCCUGACCUCCUGCGUUCCCCUUGAACUCCGCCAGGUCUCGGUUAAGGGCUGGUCAGACCUGAGGCUCAGGUUUGACUUCUCAAGACUGAACUUGCCUGAGAAAGAAGUUCGCAGAAAGAAAAGAUAAAGAGUUCAGAAUGACUCUGUCCCAGAGAUUGUUGACAUUCAGGGAUGUGGCCAUAGAAUUUUCUCAGGAGGAGUGGGAUUAUCUGGACCCUGCUCAGAGGACUUUGUACAGAGAUGUGAUGUUGGAGAACUACAGGAACCUCGUCUCCCUUGGAAUCUCUCCUUCUGAGAUAAAUAUUAUCUCCAUUUUGAAGAAAGGGACAGAGCCCUGGACUGUGGAGAAGGAGACGAAACUAGCAAAAAACCCAGAUGUCUUUUCUACGUGUAUGAUCAAGGAAUUAUCAGCAAAAGAGAUCAUUGAUAAAGGAGAACUAUUCCAGAGAGUGAUUUUGAAAAGAAAUGAAAGUCAUGGCAUCGAGGAUUUCCACUUCAGGCAAGUCAGGGAAAAUGUGCAUGAGUUUCAGAGUCAGUGGGGAAAAGAUGAAAGAAAUAACAAAGGAGUGACUACGGCCCAUAACAAAAUUUUAACUGGUAGAAGAGAUCAACAUGUUAACACAGAUGCAGGAAACAAGUAUGUGACAUGUAAAAAUACGACUGAAUUAAGCUUUCAGUCCCAUGUGGCUGAAAUGCAGAAAUUUCACAUUGGAGAGAAAAUGUAUGAAUGUCAUCAAGUGGAGACGUCUGUCAGCAGUGGAUCUUCAAUUCCAUCCUUUCAAAGAAUUCCUCCUAGUGUCCAAAGCAACAUCUCUAAUGAAUGUGGGGAUGUUUUUAUGCCUCCUUCAUGGUUUCAGCAACACCAGAAAACCCACAGCAGAGAAAAACCUUACAAAUGUAAUGAAUGUGGGAAGUCGUUUAGCCAAAGGUCAGUCUUUACUAAUCAUCAGAGAAUUAAUUGUGUGCAGAGACCUUACAAAGGUAAUGAAAGUGUCAAAACCAUUUACUGUGGCUCAAGCGUCACUAAACAUCACACAAUCCAUACCGGAGAGAAACCAUGUAAAUGUAAUGCAUGUGGCAAGGUAUUUAGUCUACAGUUAGGCCUCAGAACACAUCAGAGAUUUCAUACUGGAAAGAAACUGUACAAAUGUAAUGAAUGUGGUAAGGAAUUUAUGAGAUGCUCAUACCUGUGCAAUCAUAGGAGUAUUCAUAGUGGAGAGAAACCUUACCAGUGUAAUGAAUGUGGCAAAGCUUUUAUAUACAGACCACAACUUGUACAGCAUCAGCAAAUUCAUAGUGGAGGGAAACCUUACCAAUGUAAUAAAUGUUGUAAGACUUUUAGACGAAGGUCUUUCCUUAUUAAUCAUCAGAAAAUUCAUUUUGGUCAGACAUCUUAUAAAUGUAAUAAAUGUGGUAAGGCUUUUUCUGGAAGAUCAAGUCUUGUGGAACAUCAGAGAAUUCAUAGUGGAGAGAAACCUUACAAAUGUAAUGAGUGUGGCAAAACCUUUAACUGGAGCUCAAACCUCACUAAACAUCAGCGAAUCCACACUGGGGAGAAACCAUAUAAAUGUAAUGUAUGUGGCAAGGUCUUUAGUCGACGUUCAGGCCUUACACGUCACCAUACAACUCAUAGUAGAGAGCAACUUUACCAAUGUAAUGAAUGUGGUAAGGCAUUUAUCCGAAAAUUAAGUCUAGUUGAACAUCAGCGAAUUCAUAGUGGAGAGAAACCUUAUGAGUGUAAUGAAUGUGGCAAGGCUUUUAUCUACAGAUCAAAACUUGUGCAACAUCAACAAAUUCACAGUGGAGAGAAACCUUAUCAAUGUAAUAAAUGUUGUAAGGCUUUUAGCCGAAGGUCAGUCCUUAUUAAUCAUCAGAGAAUUCAUUUUGGUCAGAGACCUUACAAAUGUAGUGAAUGUGGCAAAACCUUUAACUGGGGCUCAAACCUCAGUAAACAUCAGAAAAUCCAUACUGGGGAGAAACCAUAUAAAUGUAAUAUAUGUGGCAAAGUCUUUAGUCGACGUUCAGGACUUACUCGUCACCAGACAAUUCAUAGUAGAGAGAAACCUUUCCGAUGUAAUGAAUGUGGCAAGGCUUUUACCCGAAAAUCACGUCUUAUAGAACAUCAGAGAAUUCAUAGUGGAGAGAAACCUUACAAAUGCAAUGAAUGUGAUAAGACUUUUACCCGAAAAUCACGUCUUUUGGAACAUCAGAGAAUUCAUAGUGGAGAAAAACCUUACAAAUGCAACAAAUGUGGUAAGUCUUUUAUCCAAAGAUCAACCCUUGUGAAACAUCAGGCAAUCCAUAUUACAGAGAAACCUUAUAAAUGUAAUGAAUGUGGGAAAGCCUUUAAGUGGAAUGCAAGUCUCACUAGACAUCAGAGAAUCCAUGCUGUAGAAAAACCAUAUAAAUGUGAUUCGUGUGACAAGGGCUUUGGUCAUCCUGAAAGCCUUAGAUCUCAUCAGAGAUAUCAUACUGGAGAAAGAUCUUGCAAAUGUAUUGAAUGUGGUAAGACUUUUAGCAGUCAGUCGGCCUUUCAGAAUCAUAAGAUAAUUCAUAGCGGAGAGAGUCCUUACAAAUGAAUUGAAUGUGAUAAGGCUUUUUCCGGCAGAUCAAAAUUUGUGGGGUAUCAGUGAAUUCAUAGUGGAGAGAAACCUUACAAAUGUAAUGAAUGUGGUAAGGCUUUUUUUUUUUCUGAAGAUUAAACCUUAGAGAACCACAGGGAAUACAUUCUGUCCAGAGACUUUACAAAUGUAAUAAGUGUAGCAAAGAUUUUAACUCUUAUUCAGACUUCACCAGACUUCAGAGAAUCCAUACUGGAGAGAAAACACAUAAACGUACGUGGCAAGGUCUAUACUCAGCACAAAUCUUAAAAUUUGAGAAUGCAUACCAGAGAGCAACCAUACAAGUGUAAUGAACGUGGCAAGACUUGUCCCUGUUUCAAGCCUUGUUGAACAUCAGGUAAUUCAAACUGGAGAGAAACCAUACAAACACAAUGGAUGUGGCCGAGAUUUUGCCAGAUGUUUUCCCCUUCAGGAUCAUAAGAAAAUUCAUACUGGAGAGAAACCUUAAAAAUGUAGUGAAUGUGGCAAGGCUAUUAACAUUCAGUCAAUCCUUCAGGGUCAUGAGAGAAUUCAUAUUGGAGAUGAAAAAUUGCAAAUGUAAUGAGUUAAGGAAAUUAUUUAAAUGUGGCUUAAGUCUCACAUCAGAGAGUACAUAAUAGAAAGAAAUCACUUAAGUUUAAUAUAUGUGGUAAGAUAUCUAGUGACGUUAAAAGCCUUACAACUCAUCACAGAAUUCAUAGUGCAGAGAAACCUUAGAAAUGUUGUUAAUGUAGGCUUUUAUGCAAAGGUCAAAACUUGUGGAGCAUCAAUUUAUAGUGGAGAGAAACCUUAUGUAAUGAAUGUAGUAUGGCUUUUAGUCACAACUCAUGCCUUGUGGAGCAUUGAGAAUUCAUAGUAGAGAGAAAUCUUACAAUUUAAUAAGUGGCAAAGCCUUUAAGCUUAGACUGAAGGGGACAGAGGCAGGAGGAAAGGAAACAACGUUGUCUGCCUCUUGGAAUUCUACAGGCAAGAAACAGGCCAAAGGUGCUACAUCUGUUGUUCUCCAAGAAAGGAAAAAGACCAUCCCUGGAGCAGCUUGAAGAUCGGCAGAAGUGUUCGAAGGAGCACAAGAAACAGGGCCUUCUUGGUUUCAAAGGGCGGGGCCUGGAUUUCAAAGAGUGAGACCACAGCCUUCUAGGUUUCAAAAAGGCAGAUCUUCGCCAACAUGGUUCCAGUGGGUGGGGCUGCCGUUAAGGCAUGCCAGGUUAUGAGGCUACUGCCAAAGCUGAGGAGUUGGAGCUAUCAUGCCCAAGGUGCAGAAGAAUGGGGCCUGCAGGGGCAAUGGGGUUGCCAUUCAGAUGGAUUAGGAGAAUGGAGCCACCCAAAGCUGAUGGAGCAGAGUUGCUGUCCCAGUGAGCAUGGAACACAGAGCUGAAGCCCAGGGCCAAGAGGCUUCCGUCCAGAAUCCAGAAGGUGUGGUCAUUGCCCAGAUGGUCCCAAAGAACAGAGGAUUAUUUACAAGUCUACAUGCUUUCUGAUCGUGUUUCCCGUGUUGUAGUCUGUUGAUCCUGAUCCUGAGUUGUAACCUAUUACUUCCCUAAUAAACCCCAUAA